AUGAUUUUGACAUGUUCGGGUGAGCGGCGGGGGCGGCGGACCGUUCAGCGCCCCCCGGCUGCGGGCGCCGCGCCCGGCUCGAGCCGAGCGGCUGCCGCGGCCGCGCGAGACGACGCCUCCACAGGGUCGGUGGGCAGCCCGGCGCUGGCACUGGCGACGCUGGCGCGGCGCGCGGGGGGGCCCCGCGGCCGCGCGGCCGCGCUGGCCUGCCCUGCGGGGGGAGCAGAGAGCUGCGCACAUGUCUGUUCGGGCCAUGCGCUGUCUGCCACAGGCGGGGCGUCCGGGCCGCUGCGCCUGCAGCGCUCUGCUCCCCCGCCCGCGGGAACGCCCGGAUCUCUGGCAAGCGUGUGCCUCUCGGGGAGUUCUGGCGUGAGCAUGGGCAUGGAUAAGAUGCCGAUCGCUUAUCCCCGCGUCCUGGGGGCACACGGGUGGCUCGCCAUUCUUGGCCGCCUCGGGGUGCCCGUUCUGGAAGCUGGUUAG